ACGAACUCGUUUCAGAAAGGAUAUAUUGGUCAUUCAAAACACUGAAGCCCUUUAAAUAAGAAAAAGUGGAGCUUUCUCUCUUGCGGAAUCCUCUCAAAGCAAUGGCAAACAAUCCUUCACAGCUUCUUCCAUCGGAGUUGAUAGACAGGUGCAUAGGGUCCAAAAUAUGGGUGAUAAUGAAAGGGGACAAGGAGCUCGUGGGUACUCUAAGAGGCUUCGAUGUCUACGUCAACAUGGUCCUGGAAGAUGUCACUGAAUAUGAGAUCACUGCUGAAGGAAGACGGAUCACAAAGCUUGAUCAAAUUUUGCUUAAUGGGAACAACAUUGCCAUUCUUGUCCCAGGAGGCUCACCUGAUCCAGAAUGAGAGUGUCUUCUCCUCCCUGUUUCUUGGUUCUUCCCUUUAAUGAUAUUGGUUCCAGACCAUAUUCUCGGUUUUAAUCAGAAUUCUGGUGCACAAGAAGCACUCUUAUUAUUACCUCAAUCACUGUAAGAUUUUCCAGGUUGGGUUUUAGGACAGAGUUGGUGGCGCUUACCGUAAUGGUUAAUGAUUGAUUAUGCUUAUCAUAACUUUGAAAUGUUUUUAGUUCUAAUAUCGCUUUUAUGCAUCAUAAUUUUGAAUAUAGAUGAUGGAGCUGAAUGCUUCUAAGAAACUGUCGCUAGUUCAAGUGACUAGGAAAGUAAGUUAGCAUAAGCUAUCAUGCAUCCCCAGAUUGACAGCUUGAAUUUAAAAGAGGUAUUUUUCCUCUGUUUUUUACAUGAUAAUUCAGAUGUAUGAUUGAAGCCAUGGCAACCUCAUUCUCAAAAUGUGCAUCCAGAUUAUAAUAAAUCAGAUUAUGUGGACG